AUGGUUUUAUGCAAGAAUUUGAUCUCCGCCAAUGUCAGACCUGGUAUUGUGGGAAUUAGAGGACUUGCAUCAGUUCCAAGUACUGGUCAUAUGGGAGAGCAACGCGCAGAAGAGACUAUUGUUCCCAAGCCUAGAAGAAGACGAAAAGUUACUCAGUUCACUGACAAGCUGAAUAAAGGGCCUUCUUUCGAAGACUUUGUCAGCGGCAAGGCUAAGGAUUUAUUUGUGGACCCCUUAGAGUUGGCACGGAAAGAUCCUGACGCCAGAUUGCCCUCGUGGCUCAAAGUCCCAAUUCCUAAAGGUAAAUCAUUUCAUUCGCUGAAGAAAGAUGUCCGGGAGUUGAAACUAGCAACUGUGUGCGAGGAAGCCAAGUGUCCAAAUAUCGGAGAGUGCUGGGGAGGUAAAAAGUCAGAAGCAACUGCCACAAUCAUGUUGAUGGGAGAUACUUGCACGAGAGGGUGUCGUUUUUGCUCGGUGAAGACCAACAGAAACCCGGGGCCACUAGAUCCAAACGAGCCCGAAAAUACAGCAGAGGCAAUAAGUAGAUGGGGGCUUGGAUACGUGGUUCUGACUACUGUGGACAGAGACGAUCUGCCCGACGGAGGUUCUCAUCACUUGCGCUCUACUGUCGAGAAAAUCAAAGAAAAGGCUCCUCAGAUUUUAGUUGAGUGUCUGUCAGGAGAUUUCCGUGGAGACCUGGAGAUGGUCAAGGUCCUUGCAUCUUCACCGCUAGAUGUUUUCGCUCACAAUCUAGAAACAGUGGAAGAUUUGACGCCACAUAUCAGAGACAGACGUGCUACGUACAGACAGUCACUUGCAGUGUUACGCACGGCAAAAGAAACGAACGUUGAUUUGGUUACGAAGACUUCUCUGAUGCUUGGAUUUGGAGAAACUGAUGGACAGAUCAUGCAGACUUUGAAAGAUUUGAGAGAGAACAACGUGGACGUGGUGACUUUUGGGCAAUACAUGAGACCUACCAAAAGACACAUGAAGGUUGUCGAAUACGUUACUCCAGAGAAAUUCGAGCACUGGAAGAACGUUGCCUUGGACAUGGGAUUCCUUUAUUGUGCAUCAGGACCGCUGGUGAGGUCCUCUUAUAAGGCUGGCGAGGCGUUCAUCGAGAAUGUGAUCAGAAAACGGAGACGUAACGUGGGUGUUUCUCGCGAAGUGGAGGUUGGAGACGAUGUUUUCGUGUCCAAGGAAAUUAUAAGUAAUAUUUAA